CCUUUUGGUAAGCAGGAAUGCACUGGAACUUUUCCUGCAAGCUCUCCUUCACAUGCUGAAGAGUGUCCGUGUCCGCUUCCCGAUAUGGACAUGUGGCCGCUGGUGCUCCUGUUUGUCCAGCUCUGCUUCUGCUCUGGGUACGAAGGGUCAGGACAGUCCGCCUACGGAGACGAUGAGGACUGGUAUUCUCGUAGAUAUAAAGGAACCCCGUGGUGCGCGCCCAUUAAAGUGAAACAUGGUGACGUGAGCUGCCGCACGCCCAGAGGGGAGCACUACAGGAACGUGAUGGGGACGCGGUGUAAAAUCCGCUGUAAGCAGGGGUACGAAGUCCAGAGCCCAGAGGUGGUGUGCAUGGCAAGCAAACACUGGUCCUCUAACUACGCCUGCCGAGAGAUCCGUUGUCCCAAGCUGGACAUGCCCAUUAACGGCGGCUACAAGUGCUCGGAUGGCUCCUACUUCAGCUCUCGCUGCCAGUUCUUCUGCUCCCCUGGAUUCACUCUGAAGGGCCAAAAGACGGCAACCUGUCAACACAACAAAGUGUGGAGCGCCCAAGUUCCCACCUGCAUUGACACUGAUCCACCAAAAAUCAAGUGUCCUAAUGUGAAGGAUAAGUGGGCAGAACCAGGAAAGCUGACAGCAAGAGUGACCUGGGACACACCGGAGGGUGUCGACACCGCAGACGGCAUCCUCACUGAUGUAACCCUGAAGGGAAAACCUUCAAAAUCAGAUUUCCCAGAGGGCCUCCAUAAAAUGUCCUACACUGUGUUUGACCGGGCUGGAAACAAAGGGUCAUGCCGCUUCACUGUCAGAGUGCGAGUGCGCCGCUGCAGCCCGCUAUUCGCCCCAGACAAUGGAUAUAUGAAGUGUGACAGCGACGGAGACAACUACGGCGCCACCUGUGAAUUUACCUGCACCGGUGGCUAUGAGCUCUCGGGCAGCGCUGCCAGAGUGUGCCAAUCUGGACUCACCUGGUCUGGUUUAGACACGACCUGUGCACCCAUGAACAUCAACGUGGGAGUGCGUACAGCUGCUGCGCUGCUGGACCAGUUCUAUGAGAAGCGACGGCUCCUCAUUAUCUCAGCACCAACGGCCGCCAAUCACAAUUACCGCUUCCAGAUGACUAACUUACAGCACGCUCAGUGCGGCCUGGACUUAAGACACGUGACAGUAAUUGAGCUGGUUGGGACUUACCCGGCACAAAUUGGCCGAAUUCGACACAGGCUGCUUACUCCGGCACUGGCACUGCAAAUCAGGAUACUGCUCCAGAUUCCUCAAAGGUCUUUCCAAAUGGUGCUGGUAGACAAGCAGGGCAUGGACAAGCAGCGGUACCCGUUCCCGAUCACAGCAGCUGAAUUAUUCACCACCAUCGACACCUUCCCACUCCGCAAGGACGAGAUGGUGCUACAGCAGCAGGCAGGACAGACCUGUCAAUCAUAAAACACUCCCCCCCGGGCCCUCAGCGCACUACCAUGGACUGUCAGCCAUCUUUGAUCUUUUCUUCCUCUGUAGUCACAUCAGACAAGACUGACUCAGAUCUUCUUUUUCUGCCCACGUGUCACACACUCCUACCUGAACUCAUCCUGUUCUUUAUCUGACUGUAUGUAUCUUUAUAUGUGUGUGUGUGAGAGAGUGUUUGUGUGCAUGUGUCAUCAAAGGUUUGUAUGUAAGUCGCGGUGCUGAUCUGAGGCUGAUCUGUAUGAAAUGGAUCACACAGUACAUUACAAUCAUAUUGAUUCCUGUGCCUUGUCUGUUUUUUGUUUUUUCAAGAUUUUCAAAGCAGAAAUAUGUUUUACUAUUUUGUACAAAAAGACAUUUUACUGUAUGAACUGGAACCAUUUUCACCUGUCUAAUAUUUAUGCCUCACUCCUCUAAUAACGAUGUACUCUGUCUGUGCGUGUGUGUUUGUGUGUGGUGUAUAGUACAUUUGCGCCUCUACGUCUGGAUUUAAAAAAUACUGAUUAAAAAUGUCCAGUGUG